UUUGUUUUGAUAUUUGGAAAAUGUUUUUCGAUAUUUGGAAAGUCUUUGUUUUUGUAGUUUCAACAACAUAUGUUAUAGCGGAAAUACCUUCCUACAUUCGUGCCUGUGGUCGCAAGGAUUCUAACUACGAUCAAUGCGUUGCAGAAAACAUAGAAAAUAUAAAAGAUAAGCUAUGCACAGGAUUAUCAGAAUUUAACAUUCCACCAAAUGAGCCACUGAUAGUUAAUAAAACAGUUAUUUUUGACACAAAUGAUGUUAAACUUUAUCUUAAAAAUAUGAAUCUAUACGGAUUUUGUGAUCUUGUUGUAAAUUCCGUUCAAACAAACCCUGAAAGACUCCACUUCGAUAUUGACGUCUUAUUUCGGCAGCUUUACCUGAACGCUACGUAUGAUUUUGGUAUACGUUUGCUAGUGCCUGUUGCAAAUAAGGGACCGGUUGAGGCUCGUAUAGAAAACGUAAGAAUGAAGACAGGCAUGGAUUUAAAAACAAUUACCAAAAAUGGCAAGAAAUAUAUAUUUACUUCGAAAGUAAACAACGUUCUCGAGAUAAAAUCAUUUAAACAUAAGUUCAAUGACGACAGCAAAGAAUUAGCUCAAUUGCACUCAAUUUUAAACGAUGUUGUACUCAACAAUGAAAAAGAAGUUAUUUAUGCUGUUAAAUCAGCAAUAGAAGAGAGAGCCUCCAGAGUAAUAAUAUCAAUUUUCAAUAACAUAGCCCGUUUUAGUUAUUACGAGGAAAUAUUUCCAGAAGAAACAUGAAUUGUCUGGAAUUUUGGGAAUCAUAUUAUACUUGUUUGUAUACUCUAACUUUGUUUGUUAAUAAUUCUUAAUUAAAUAAUGGUUGGCGAUUAAAAUCCUUUCAAGAUUAUUCAGAGUCAUGGUUUUUACAAUAUUUAAAUAAAUCAAAAUAAAUAUUAUCAAGUGUUGUUCCAG